AAUAUUGGUCUAUUGUAGACCACUUAUAUUUGCUUUGUAUAAAGAAGUGAAAUGGAGACUCCCAUGUUUUAAUUAACUCGCUUGAAUUGUUGCUAUGAUACAAAUGUGAGAUACUAAUUCAACAAACAUUCUCAAAACAAACAAUAUGAGAAAAUCACAAUCUUCUCACAGUCGAAUUCCUAGCGCUGAUGAUGCUGCUGUGCCUAAGCUACCUCCGUCAAUCACUCCAAGAGCUUCUUCAGUCCCUGGAUCUCGUAUUCCUUCCCCCACAAGGUCAAAGGUUGCACCUAAACCCAGAAGUAGGGCCUCAACCCCACAAAGAUCUCGUUCGUCAAGUAUAUCUCCAAUUCGAGCAAGUAUGACAAGUCCGCAAAUAAGUCCGAUAAGAACAAGUUAUGCAAGUCAAGAUUUAUCUGCUUCUGAUGGCCAAGGUUCUGGACGAAAUCUUGUUAGAUACAUCACACACGACAUGAUUAAGAGAUUGUCAAAAAAUAAUGACCAGCUGGAUCAAGUCAGAUCAUUGAAUUUCACUCUCUCAGGAGAGAAAAAAAUUAGAUACAUUGAAAACCUUGAAGAUUGCAGGAAUCUGACAUCACUCAACUUUAGCGGAAAUGUCAUUCAAAGAAUUGAGAAAAUUGAUCAUCUUACUAAAUUAAGAGAACUUAAUCUAGCCAACAAUCAAAUAAGCAAAAUUGAAGGAUUAGAAACCUUGACGAGUCUACAAUCAUUGAAUUUGAAUGGGAAUAUGAUCGAGACGAUUCCUAUAUGGUUUGUCAAGAAAUUAAGAGCAAUGAGGAUACUGAGGAUUGGACAUAACCAGAUCUCAUCAUUGUCAGAAAUUGUGAAACUUCGUAAUUUUCAUGAUCUGCAAUCACUUACUAUUGCUGGGAAUCCAUUGUGCGAUUUGGCACAUUAUCGUUCCUACACAGUAUUUCAUCUUCGAACUGUUGAUCAACUUGAUGGACAAAAUGUCACUGUUAAUGAAAGAUCUGCUGCUAAUACAAGAUUUGCUCAGGAUGAAAUUGACAGACUGGCACGAGAAUUGAACAAGACAUCUGAGGAAUUUAAGACAUUACAGGAUCAACAUAAUGAAUCAUUAGAAAAUCUCGAUGCAUUGAAUGCAAGAGAAAGAGAAUUGACAGACAGAGAUCAAAUUAAUAACGAGACAAGAGAAGAAUUAGAAGUUGAAUUAGAUGCAAAAGAUGAGUUGCUUAAGAAAAAAGCGAAAGAAUUGCAAAGAUCUCAAGCAAAACAAUACAAACUGGAACAAGAACUUGCGUUUUAUAAAUUAGAUGCAAAAUUUGAACCUUUGAAUUUUCCACGAACACUCUCUGAUGAAGAGGAAGAUGAUGAAGACAGUCCUUACAUUGGGAAAUCACCUUUCAAGAAAAAUCAAUUUGCUGUUGAAGGAAGAGUUCCUGGGAGAAAAGGUGGAGCUGCCGCAUUGGAUGCUUCUUUGCAAGAGAAAGAAAGAUUAUUGGAAGAAGCUGCAAAUCGACUCGCCCAACUUCAACGAGAGUUAACAGACACACAGAAACAAAUUGAAGAUGCCAAUCGUGAAAUGUCUCGACUCGAGAGAGACAAUAUGGAAAGAUCAAUGUCUGAAGAUGAGAAACAAAAACUCAGGAAAAGAUUGGCUGCAAAAAUACAGAAAGUUUGCAAGUUGAAAGAAUCAGCAGAAGAAUUGGAAGAACAACUACAGAAAGAUCGUGCAGAAUUAAGAAAAAGUCGACAAGAACUUGAUAAAAUGAAAGCUAAAUUGAAGAAAAUGGAUCCAAACAGUCCUGAAUAUGCAAGACUCCGAGCUCAGAUGAUCGACAAAGAAAAACAAAUUGAUGAUUUGAAUCGACGAAUAAAAGAAAAUGAAACUCAAUUGAACAGAUUAAUCAAAGGAAUUGCUGUUGAUACAGAAACUAUCAAGUUAUUGGAAGAGCAGUUAGCAAAAGGAACAAUGACAGCUGAUGAUGGAUUGAAAGGAGAAUUAGAAGAUAUAGUUGGUGGACUUCAAGAUUAUAUUCUGAAUGUUCGACAAAAAGCAAAUGCUCAACAGACUGAAUUUGACAAUCUCCUCCGAGACAGAGAUAGAUUGGCAAGAAAAUUACAGGCAAUAGAAAGAGAGAAAAGUCAACUUGAGGAAGAUGCCGACGAUUAUUCACAACUACAACAACAGGUGUCAGUUUUGGGUGAACUGAAUGAUUUAUUACAAGCGACACAAGAUUUAAACGAAUCAAUGAUGAGAGGCGGAACCAAACCAAAGACGCAGACGGAGACAGUUGCUCUCGAUCCAAUAUCUGCUCUUAAUACUUUGAAAACUCUUAAUGAUUCAUUGAAUGAAAUGCGAGAGAUCAAUGAUGCAUUGCAGAGAGAAGCAAGUGAAUUGAGUGUCCAUGAUCAGGCUUUACAAUCUCAACUAGAAGAUGCUGAAAAACAAGUCGAUAAAUUAUCUCGAUCUUUACGAGAUGUCCAAGGCCAAGGGAAAACUGAUCGUGAUCAGUUAGACAAGCAAAUGGAAACAACUGCUCGAUUACAAAAUGUUGUCGGAGAUAAAGAAGCCGAAGUCAGUGGAUUGAGAAAAGAAUUGAAAAAAGCUAGGGCUGCAAAUGAAAAACUUGGCCAUGAUCUCGCCAACAGAAGCGCACAAUAUAAUGAAGCAAUUGGAUCCCUGGUGCAACCAGAAGAUGUUGCCAGACGUAUUGCGCAAUUGAAAGAUGCAUUGAGGCGUGGCGAUCGUUCAACUAUGACCCCGGAUAGUGAUAUGGAUGAAGUAGGAAAAGCAUUGGUCGAUUUACAGAAAAUAUUAAUGGAUAUGCUGGGUCGAGAAGCAGAGGAGCGAGAGGCUGCAGAAAAAAGACUGAAUGAUCUUGAAAGGCAUAUGGCCAAAUUGAAAGCAAAAUUAUUAGAGGCUCAGAAAGAAUACAAGGAAACAAUGGAAGCCGCUACAAAUGCUAAAUUAGAAGCUGAAAAAAAUAAACAUAAACAAAACAUGGAGAGACUGGAAGAUGAGAUUGAUCAAUUGAAGAAUAAAUUAAGAAUGGCUGAAGAUGAAGUGGAUAAAGCUCGUGAGAAAGCAGGAGAUGAAGUUGAGAGAUUGAGAGAAGAAUUUGGUGAGAGAAGUGAAAGAGCAAAGUUGCGAGACGCCAGGACUCAACAAGAUCUCAGGGAUUUAGAACGAGAGCUCGGAAAUACGAAACGUUUGUUGAAAGAUAAGGAUUCGUCAACUAUGAAACAAUUGAAUGACAAUGAAGAUGAAAUUGCAAGAUUGCAUGCCAAGCUAAAAAAAUUACAGGAUGAUCGACUGCGUGAUUCUAGAGCUGCUGCAGAUGCGGAUGCUGCUGCUCUUCGUGCCAAACGUGAUUUACAAAAUGCUGAUGAUGAAAUAAAGGCUUUGAGGGACUUGCUGAGAGCUCAGGAAUUUAAGGAUUCUCAUCUUGAUCGAGACACAUUGAGAGGAUUACGUGAUACGCUCACAACGAAACAAGAUGAAGUUGACAGGUUGAGGAGAAUGUUGAGUGGUUUGAAGGAUGAUAGCGCUGAGGAGAUUGCAAACCUAUUGAACGAAAUAGAUGCAUUGAGGAGAGCAUUAGCUGGACAUAAUAAUCAAAUCAGAGGAUUGGUGCCUGUUGGUGGAUACUAUCAAUUUGUACCAUACUCUGGUGGAGGUGACCCAGGAGGAAAGUGGGUUUAUAUAACACCUGGAUCAUCAAGACGUUCUCCAUUGAAAAGAUCGUAUGUUGAACCUCCACCUGGUCCUCCAACUGGAUAUAUUGUAGAGGGGGCAACUCAAGCACCAGUGCUCACUCCUGGAACACCUGGUAUGAUUGCAAUGGGGGAAGAUGGCAUUCCUAUGCUUGUACCAUUAGAAGGAUACUUCUGUAAUGUCCCUGAGCAUCAUCAUUUGGAAGAUGAUAUUGCUGAACUACAGGACGCUCUUGCAAAAUGUCGAAAGAAGAAGAAAGCCUGUAAAAAAGAAUUAGAAGAAAGUUUUCAAAUUCAAGAUUUGGAAGAAAGAAAAAUACAACUCGAUGCUGAAAUAUCUGAACAAGAGGCAACUCUCACAAAAUUACGAGAUGAUGAAGAACGAAUAUCAAAAGAAAAAAUUGAAGUUUCAAAUGAACUUGCUGGUUUGAAAUCAGAAUUAGCAAGAAGAUUGAAGAGGAAAAAUAUGUUAGAAGGUGAAGUGAAUACAUUACUUGGAGAAAUGCAGAUGGAACAUUCUCUUGCGCAACAUGAUGAUCUGUCAGAAGAAUUAGAAGAAAUGGAAAGAGAUUUGCAAAGGAAACGAACUGAAUUAAAAGAAGCCGAGAAAAGACUCCAUAUUGCUAAACAUGAAGAAAAAGAAGCUACUAAGAAGGCUGAAAUUAUGCAGAAAAGAUUUGAAGAUUCCCAAGUAAAAUUAAAUGAUUCUGAACAAGAUAGUAUUGAAUUAGAACGAAGAGCAAGAGAUAUUGGUGUACAAUUGGUUCGUGCUCACAAAGAACUACGCCAAUUACAAAUGCAAACUAAGAAUGCAGAAUCACAGAGAAUACAACUGGAAGAUGAUUGUCAACAAUUAACAAGGUUGAUCACAAACAAAGAAGCAGAAUUCACAGCUUUGGAACAAAAAACUGAAAACAUGACGAUGAAUCUUGAAAGACUGCAAUCAGAAUUGCUUCUUGCAGAAGAAAAACAAACAGAGCGACUUUCUACUCUGAGAGAAAGUGAAAAAAUUUUGGUUGAACGUCGAGAUGAAUUAAAUAAAAUCAAAGAACAAAUCUCAAUACAAAGAGAAGAAAUUGAAGCUCUCGAUAGAUUGAUUGGUAAAAGAGGAACAGAAGCCCAGUUGCUGCAGGAAAACAUAGAACAACAACAAAAUGAACUGGCAACAGUAUUACGAGAAGGUCAGACAGAUGUUCAAGAAAAACAAAAAUUAAUUAAACAACUUAAACAACAAGUUGAAGAAUUUUCAAACCAAAGAGCUGAACUUGAAAUCCAGGUUUCAAGCAGAAAAGAAGAAAUUACGAAACUCAGAGAAAUGAAUGAUAAAUCAACCGAGGAAUUACAGAAUAAAAUAUCAGAAAUAAGCAAGCACAAAAGUGAGUUGAAACAUGUUCUUGAGAUGUUGAAGUUGGAACAUCAGGAUUUAGAAAGUUUACGUCAACAACAUGAAACAAAACUCACAGAACUCGAUAAAACACAGCGACAUCUACUGGACGAAAGAUCAGAACUUGAUCGACUUCAGAUGGAAACGCAAAGACGAACUGCGGAAGUGGAGAGAAAUAAACAAAUGGUGGAUAAAUACAGAUCGGAUGUUGAUCAUUUAACAACAGAGAGAAGUACAUUAGAAGAUACCGUUAAUUCAUUGACCAAAGAAAAAGAAUAUUUAUCUGAGCAAUGUGGUCAUCUUGAGGAAAAAUUCCAAACUACAAAGCAGGCCGUAUUAGAAGCUCGACUUGGGAUUGAUAAAUCUAAAGCAACACUAGAUCAACUAGAACGUGAUGUGGUUCAAGAAAGGAAAGAAGUGAAAGAAGCAAAUAAAGAGAAAUCUAUGCUGACUAAAGAGGUAGCUCAUCUACGUAACACAGCACGAGAUAUUAAAUCGGAACUUGUCUCAAGUCAAACAGAACUUGAUGAAUUACAACAACAUAUGCAAACAUUAGAAGAGGAACUCCGUGCAUCGACUAAAAAGAGAGAUGAAAUAUUAUUGGAAGUUACUGGAUUACGAGAAGAUGCAAAACAUAGAUCUCAUCAAGUUGAAUCUCUGUCACAUGAUGUCUCUAGAAAGCAAGAUGAAAUUGAAAAAUUAACGAGAGAAUCGAACGAAAAACAAAUGAAACUUGAAGAAAGGGAAAGAGAAUUGUCAAAUUUAAUUCGUGAGGUUGAGAGAGAAGAAGAGAGACUGUCUCGUAUUAUUACUCAACUAAACAAUGAAAUUGAGAGAAUGAAAAAAGAUCUCGCAGAGAAGAAAGAUCAAUUAGAGAGUGCUGUCAUGCAGAGAGAUGCAGUCAAGCGUGACAUGGACAGACUUGGACAUGUCGAUCAAAACUUCAAAGAAGUUGAAAGCAAAGUUGCGGAAUGUCAGUCACAGAUCAGCGCACUCGAAGAUGAACUUGCUGAAGUGGAACGUGACAGAGCUGAGGUGAAAGGUCAACUCUCGGCAGCUCGAGGAGAAAUUGAAGCUUUGAAUAUUGAGAAUGAACAUGAGAGGAAUAAAUUAGCACAAAAGAUCGAUGAUCUUCAACAAGAACUCGGUCGAACAAAAACACGAGACGCAGCUGAGAUUGCAUCGUUAGAACAAACUGCACAAGAUCAUUGUAACAGAGCAACUAGACUUGCUAACGAACUUAAUAAUUUGAGAGAAGAAUUCAUCAAUGCAAAGAAGAUCUUCAGAUCACAAGAAGAAGAAACAGAGAAACAGCAAUUAGCUCUUGAACGUACUUUGAGUAAUUUGAAAUCAGAAUUGAGGUCAGAGGUCAUUCAAGAUGAGACUGGAGAUAUUGAGAAUUCUCGAUCUCAUGCCGAUGAAAUGAAUAAAUUAUACGAUGAAAGAGAAACAAACCAAAGAAAAAUGCAUACAUUACGAGAGAUCCAAAGAUCGUGUUCACCUCCAGCAAAAGCUCCUGUAUCGAUCCUUCGAAAAACAUCUGCACCUCGAGUGAGGCACGUAGAUAAUAAUACAUCAUCAAUGCAAUCGUUGCGUGAACAACUUGCUGCUCAACAAGAGGAAAUUGCUUCACAAAUUAGACGACAGAUGUCUCGCCAUCGUGAAGCAUGGGAGGAAAGGAAAAAACAAUCAGAAGGAAAACUUGAAUCAUUGAGAAGAAAAGUUGAUAAUUUGGAUGAAUUGGUCAGCAACACAUCAAUGAAUUCAUUAUCACGAACCAGAGAUCAACCAUUAGAUGAAUCAUUACCUGGUAGACGAACUCCAACAUUCAGAGACAAUAAUAUUUUACCUGAAAGAGACUAUUAAAAGUUGAGAAAAUUACCAUAAUGAAAAGUUUGUUGAGACUAUUUGAGAUAGUAAUCAUGCUUCUAUAAGAUCUCAAUUUAAAAUCCAGCGUAUGAGUUUGUGAUUUAGCAGCUUUAUAUUGAAGCAGUGAAAGAAGAAACCUCUUUGCAAUGAAACUUCGUUUCACCACAGAUUCUUCAAAAAUUGACGCUGUUCUUCUUAAAAUGAAAAAGUCCUAAAUAUAUCUGACCACUUUUUAAAAGCAAAAAUCUGUGAUUAUUUAGGGCUCAAUAUAAUAUUUUUCAUGAUUUAAUAUUUUGUUUGUUUAUAAUCCCCGUUGUCUAUGGUUACUGAUAUAAGUCGAUCUUCAACCUCAAUUUUCUGUGAUUAUUUGUAAUUUUCAUCUGAAUGAAGCAGAAAUUUUAUGUGAUUUUUUUUUAUAAAUAGUUAUCGAAAAAUAUCAAUUUAUCUCCAUCAAAUAAAUCCAAGUUCCGAGUGGUUCUUGUGUAUUCAGCAGCUUUCUACUGUGACAUUGAUUUUCCAUUUCAUUUUCCUCACCAUGUCAAUAUUAUGACAAUUUACACAUUUUGUAUAUAAUUUUAUAUAUAACUACUAAAAUAUUGCUACUCUAGUAUAUUCCUCAUUUCACCACACUACAUAAAUGUAUAAUACACAUCAAUGAUUGAAAAACGAUUAUGUUUUUAUGCACCUGUGUCUUCAAUUUUUGCUGAAUUCUCACUGUUAUAUAUCUUUCACACCGUCCAAUUAUUUAUUCAAUAUUUGUAAAAAAAAUAAUAAGAAUUGUGCCUUAGGAUUUUAGCACUUACCUCACUUUGUAUGUUUGAGAUUUUUUAGAGCACUAAAUUAUAUAUAUUGUGCCAUAUUUGCCUUGUAGAUGUUUCAUGUUUAGUUUUGUGACAAUUUUUUUUAAAUUAGAUUAGUACACGUACUAAAUUAUUGUUGUUGAACUCAAAUUUCUUGUUACCUACUAGACUCGCUUCGAAUGUUCAAUAGGUAAAGAGGUAGGUAAAUACUUUUAUUUGUUUUCUGUGGGCGACGUUAAGGCCACUUUUACCCAUAUUUUGCCUACAAUCAAUUGAGAUUUUUAACAAGAUAAGUGUGGUACUGCUCAGCAAAUAAUGUACCAAGGAAAGGACUCUAUGUUUACAUAUUAAGCAUUCUCUGUUGUUACUCUGUACUUCAGACUGUUCAGUUGUUGUAUCCUACUCGUCUUUGAUUUCAGUCUAAAUAUAUUUGAAUAGUUCUUCCAACAGGCAUCUGGUCUUCCAAGAAUACAGUUUUUUUACUUACACUGAGUGGUUUGGGUAAAUAAAUGUCAGUAUCUCUUUAGAAUCGAUUAACGAUUUAUAUUUGUGUCUACCGUCUGUAUAUCUAACGUCUCGUCUUCUUGCCUUCUGAUAUUUGUUUGUAUUUUAUGUUAGUGUAUGUAUGUUUGUGCAUUGUGUACUGAUGAACAUUUCACAAAAUAAGUUUUAUUUUUUUAAUUGUUCGUAGGAAAUAUAUUCUUGACAAAAUAAA